AUGGAGAAAAUAAAUGAAACGACCAAGGAAAACAUAGAAAAAUCACAGGAGAAGCAGAAAAAGACAUAUGCGAAGAAGGUGUUGAAGAAAAACAAGGAUGUGAUGUACAGUGUUGGUGACGAGGUCCUUCUUUAUAAUAUGAGGAAGCGUGGUAGGAAAGGAGGGAGGAUAGAGCCGGACUUCUCUGGUCCCUAUAUUCUCAAGGAGUUGUGUGGCAAGGUGGUGAAAUUGGAGAAUUCGUGUGGAGUUACUAUAAAGAAAAAGAUCAGCAUCGACCACAUCAAGCCAUACAGGAGGAGUGAGGAAAACAAAGCCCACAGCCACAAAGGUGAUAUUGAAUUGCCCAAGGAAAUCGGCACCUGCGUCUCCUCCAUACCACCAAGGACCUCUGUCAUCUGUUUUGCUACACCGGAAAAGGAGGUAACGCCAAAUUUACAACCAGACUAUAAUUUAUAAUUUUUCUAUUGUGCAUAUAGCGAGCCUUGUUCUUUUUCAUCAUCCUAUUCUUCAUUUAUGUAGUAUUUUUAUUUUCAAUUAAUGUUAAAUGUAAGUGAUUAACAUUAAUCUUGACUUUCUUUUCCAAAGUCAUCUGCAUCUUUGAUUGUCAUGCAAAGCAUAGAAGACAGAGGUAGCAGUUACUGGGUUCUUUUUUUUUUUUUUUUACCCUGUUGGUCAUUUGUUUGGCCAUGCCCUGUUGGUCUGGUCUUUCACUCUGUUGCCGUUCUGGCUUUUUUUUUUUUCUUUGUUAAAGUUGCCACUGUUUGGCAUCGUGUUCUAUCCAGUUCUCGUUAUUAACCAUACAUGUUUGAUAUUAUACCAAAGAACCUAUACAGGUUGAGUUAUCCCCUUGUCAGAAAUGCCUCAACAUUUAUUUUUCAAUACUUAAUUUUAAGAUAAGGCAUACUCAACCUGUAUUAGCUUUGGAUCCAGAAUGUACAGUUACAUACCUGGAGUUAAAUUUUCUUCCUGUAUUUUUUUUUUUAGUUAAAAGCCUGUGGGAAGCUGAAGAUGACGGAUCUGUGGAAGCAGUUGUGGGACCAUACAAGCUGUAUGUUUCUUCGUUCCGUACACUGCAUGGUAAUAAUUGGCUGGUUGAUGAGGUAAGAAAAUAAAGUGUUAUUCAUUAGUGUAAUGCUAAAAUAUAAAAAAAAAUAUUUAAUAAUUGAUGAUUUUUUUUUUUAUGCAGGUGAUUGAUGCAUUCAUUCAUCAUCUUAUUGUGAAGCAUCAGGCAAGUGUGAAUUAUGUUUAUUUCUGGGUUAUGUUAGUUGAGUUAUUAUUUUGCAUUAUAAUUUUCCCUCUAUUGAAACAGGAACCUGUUCGACAGUUUGAUGCGGUACUGUCAUCUGUAUUAUUUUAUGGUGCAAUAGAAAAUCUUGGAAAGGUUAGUGACUUGUUAGAAUUCCAUUUUUAUAAUAUUGAAUAUAUCUAUUUAUAAUUAAUUACUUAUUUGGCUUUCUAACUUAUUCUUCAGAUGAAGUUUCCAGUCGAAGAUCUGUGGUUAUGCCCUAUAAACGUUGGAGCUCACUGGAUUUUAUUGGUAUUUAUUAUUAAAAUAAUUUAAUUUCCCUUUCUUUACUUAUGUUGCCAUGCACUAUUAAAUUCUAUGCAUAUUCUAUGUAAAUAUAUUUAACUACAAUCCUAUGACACCACAAUGCUCAUUUACUCUAUAUAGUGUUGGCAAAAAGUAGGUAUACAGUAGAAUGAUAUAUAAUAGUGCAAUACUGUAUUUAAUGGUUAACAAUUAUUGAGUACAGUAAUGCAGUCACAAACACAUAUUGAUAGAAUGCUCAAAACUCAUAAGUGGCGGUGAUCUCCGGUCUUCUCAUUCCGAUAUCCCAAUAAAAUUCAUGUGGAACGAGGGGGAAAAAAGAUACAUAGAGUAUAUCCUUAUGGUAAAGAGAACAUUUAUUCCAAAACUUACAAUCAGGUAAAAAAUAGUCAAAUCACCAACUCCAUUGAAGAAUCCACCAGGGAAAUAAUCAGGGUACUGGAAUUGAUAUAAAUAUAAAAACAAUAAAUCAAUAUACAGUCCUAGGCGUUUCGUCCAGUCAUAUGGACUUUGUCAGGGACAAUGCAAAACAAUCGGUUAUAUAAUCAGUUUACUUACUGAUGAUCACUGAUAUUUAAACGACAAUUUCUUAUGUUGUGACGUUCAUUGAUCACACUGUAUAUUUACUUUUUGGUCCACCUGGUAUAUUUAAAAUAUUAAUGUAAUCACCAAACUUGGAUGAUUUCACAAUAUAUUUUUUAGGUUGUCAUCAUGUCCAAGAAGGUCGUUGUGCUAAUGGAUCCAAUGGCAAAUGAAAACCGCUAUGUUUCAAAAGUGCAACACAACUUGCAGUAAGGGUGCCUCUGAAAACCGUUUUAAGUUCAAAUAAGCUUCAAUAAACAAGUGAUUCCUAUUUUUUUUUUUUUUUUAAAUCUGUUACUUUUGCCAUAGUAUCUUCUUGCGGAUGUACAAGCCGGAUGAACAGCCAGAUCAAUGGAAAACAUGGAUAAUGUACCACAACAACCAGCAGGAUUCUACUAGCUGUGGAGUUUUAAUAUUGAUGGUAAAAAAAUUUCUAACAUAGUAAAAGACACUCAACAAAUGCGAUCUGCAGUUACAAAUGUGAAUUAUUAUUUUACAGUUUGCCAAGGAGUUCCUACGGACACGUACAAUCAGUGAAGUGAAGACCUCUCCAGAAUAUAUAAGGGAUGCACGACUGGAAAUAGCUUGUGCCUUACUCCAGUAUAAAGGUCAGCUCCAUCACACAAUGUAUGAAAGAUUUGUCUUGGAAAAAUGUGUUCAGACUCCAAAUUCACACAGAUUAAAUCAUUGUGCGGGAAACGUGUUUUAUUAUUAAUUCACUCAGAAAAUACAUAUUUGCUUACAUUUUAACGUACUGCACCAUAAUAUAACGUAAAUAUUUUUUUAUUCAAUUAUUUUUGUAGAUGCUGUAUGA